GAAAAGCCAGCCGGUGGUUCGGGGUGGCUCAGUCUAAAUCGGCCAAAACCAACGUGAAUAUUCUUCACCAAGAGGAGCUGAUAGCGCAGAAAAAGAGAGAAAUUGAGGCCAGGCUGGAGCAGCAAGCGAAGCAGAAUUACCUGAGCAUCCAGCAGCUACCUCUGCUAGGAGAAGAUGACGGUACUGACAAUGAAGCCUGUGUUUCCAACAAGUUUGUUAACGAUGGCAGUUUCCUCCAGCAGUUUCUCAAGCUGCAGAAGGAAAAGUCAAAUGCUGAAACUCCCCCAAGUUCUACUAAUAACUCGACAAACACUCCUGCGUCAAAUGUUGGGAAGAAACCUGUGCUGUUUGGGAGGCGCCCCGGUCAGGUCCUGAGCAGCAUGCUGCACCAAGCGAAGAACUACUCCCAUUCCAAACAGACCCCAGUCGUUAACCGCCUCAGUGUGUUUCAGUCGCCAGAUGAAGAUGAGGAAGAAGAUUAUGAGCAGUGGUUGGAAAUUAAAGUUUUACCCCCAGAGGAUGCACAGACCCGAGAAGUGGUGGAAAAGCUGGCUGGGUUCGUGGCGGAAGGGGGACCAGAAUUAGAGAAGCUCGCUAUGGAAGGCUACAAGGAUAACCCAGCUUUUGCGUUUUUGCAUGAUAAGAACAGCAGAGAAUUCCUUUACUACAGAAAGAAAGUGGCAGAGAUAAGAAAAGAGAAUCAGAGUUCUCAGGCAUCCUCUUCUCAGAAAGUUUCACCCCCAGACGACGAAGAGACAAAGAACUGUGCUGAGAAACUGGCCAGGUUCGUGGCAGACGGGGGUCCCGAGGCAGAAGCUAUUGCCUUGCAGAACAACCGAGAGAACCACGCUUUCAGGUUUUUAUACGAGCCAAACAGCAAAGGCUACAAGUAUUACCGGCAGAAACUGGAGGAGUUCCGUAAGGCCAAAACCAGCACUGCGUGUGCCCCCGUGCCUGUAGAGUCCAGCCUGAAAAGGAAGACCAGUCCCGAGGCAUCACCAUCACCUUUGAGCUCAUCGUCUGUGCCCUUGGCCUCACCUUUACCUGUGCCCCUGCCUACAGCUACGACUGCUGCUGCUGCAACGACAGCUACUGCCGCAGGCACUACUAAAAAGAAGCGGAAGAGCAGGUGGGGACCGGAGGAGGACAAGGUUGAACUGCCUCUCCCACAGCUUAUCCAACAGCUGGAUUCUCCCUCCCCUCUUUCAGUUCAGGACCUCAAGGGUCUUGGCUAUGAAAAAGGGAAGCCGGUUGGUUUGGUGGGUGUGACGGAGCUCUCCGAUGCCCAGAAGAAGCAGCUGAAGGAGCAGCAGGAGAUGCAGCAGAUGUACGAUAUGAUCAUGAAGCACAAGCAAGCCAUGCAGGAGAUGCAGAUGAUGUGGGAAAAGGCAAUUCAGCAGCACCAGCAUGGCUACGACAGCGACGAAGAGGUGGACAGCGAGCUGGGGACGUGGGAGCACCAGCUUCGGCGCAUGGAGAUGGACAAGACGCGAGAGUGGGCUGAGCAGCUGACCCAGAUGGGCAGAGGGAAACAUUUCAUCGGAGACUUUCUUCCACCUGACGAACUGGAGAAAUUCAUGGAGACGUUCAAGGCAUUGAAGGAAGGACGUGAGCCAGAUUAUUCUGAAUACAAAGAGUUCAAACUGACUGUGGAAAACAUCGGUUAUCAAAUGCUAAUGAAGAUGGGCUGGAAGGAAGGCGAGGGACUUGGCUUGGAUGGACAGGGGAUUAAAAACCCAGUCAGCAAGGGAACCACGACUGUGGACGGAGCUGGUUUUGGCAUCGAUCGUCCCGCCGAGCUCACGAAGGAGGAUGAUGAGUACGAGGCAUUCCGUAAACGGAUGAUGCUUGCCUACCGCUUCCGACCAAAUCCAUUGAACAAUCCACGACGACCUUACUACUGA